GCGCGGAAUGUCCUGAACACAGCAGUAGCCAAGACAGCUAGUAUAUACCAGCGAGGCAGGAGCCAGCUAUACGUGUACGUAUCAGUAGGCUGGAAAACAGUCAUGGCGGCCGGCAUUUGCCGUGUGUACCUCCUGGCGGCCUUAGUAUUCGUCGCUGCGGCCGUUUUCUUCGUCAUUGGAGCCUUGGGACCCCAGCAUACGUGGGCCCACCAUCACCCUGUCAAGACGUGCAUCGUCGAGAACGCAUUCCGCCACAUCCUGGAUCCCGGUACCGCUCUAGUCGACGGUACGGAAUGCGGACGAGUCGGGAAACCCAUGGACCUGGAGACUGAGCCACACAAACAGUACUAUCCUCUGGAGAACAUUCUGUUCCACGUCCAGAUCCCGUUCCUAGACGGCCAGAUCCUGUCUCGGAAAUUUCACUUUGUGAUUGCUGACCUGGCAAUUCAUUUCGACAACGACUUUCUCAAAAUAGUCCUACAACACGACAUGAACUACGUCCUCAUGGAGGUUGUCCUCGGUUACCGUGACAACCACCGGGGACCAUGGCAACGGAUGGCCCAGGGAAACAUCACACGUACCCUCAGGUGUCACAUGACUGAAUGGAGGUACCUGGAAUGUGAGCACAUGCAGCUGUUUGAGCUGGGCAGCGUCUACCACCCGCAGUACCUGGUCAACGUGGCCUUCCCCUACCUCCCUCUCUCCUCCCUCCCCCAGUACCGCGGUCUCGCCCCCCUCAACAAACUGGCUCUCUACGUGGUCCAUCAGACGAUGGCGUUCACUGAUCUAUGGUUCACGCUCAAGUGCGUCCUCUUCCCCGUCUCCCUGGUGACGCUGUGUUGGUUGCUAUGGAGAUUGGCGGGAAACUCCUCCAUGCUCAACCUCACCCACAAGUAAGGAGAAGAACAUAAAUGAGAGAAGAAAAAAAUUUAUGCCACCCUUUCCACAGAUCUCUUGUCUUCAUGUGCGCAGCUCUCACUGCCUACAAUGGUGAGCCUGGCACUCAACUCUCUUCAAGAAGCCACCCUCCUUACUUUCCUCUCUCCUUCCCUAUCUGCCCUCUCUCUUUCCCUCUCUACCCCCUCUUCCUUUCUUUCUUCUCUCCCUUAUCCCUUACUCCUCUUUCCCUCCUCAUCCUUUGUUCUUCAGCUCCAAUCGAAAUGCUAACUCUCUACCUCAACAUUCCGUGGAUGUUGGUGAUCGAUGACUUUCGCCAAGGUCUUCUCAUUUCAUCUCUCUUCUUCUUCUGGAUCGUCUUUGUUGGUGAACACACUGCGGUGAGCCAUGUGACCUCUACAUAACUGAUAGAAAAUUUGGCAGAGAAUAGAUUUUUACAGUUGAUUGUGGUUGUAGAUUGAAUCAACCAAUAGUCAUACAAAACUAAUAUUUAGAGUUCAACGAAACAUAUAUAGCUCAGUUUGGGGUUGUUUUAUACUUUGAUCCCAACUAAUUUUUUAC